AUGUCCAACCCAAAGGGGAAGAUCUGGGACUCACCUGCACAGAGAAACACAUUGACCAAGUAUGAGACCAAGAAACUCUUACUGAAAUACAGAAAAGAGCGAGAUGAAGCAUCAAAAAAAGGGGAAGUGAACCGAGAUAAAUUGCAUGUGAUUCAGACAUCAAUGGGAAUGCAGAUCCGAGAAUUGAAGGAGAAGGUAAAGGUGCUGAACUCAGAGAACAAAGAUUUACACAAAACCAUUAAGAAACUGCAGCCAGAGUUACAACUGGAUACCAACGCUAAACUGAGGAGCAAGCUGACCAAAGAGGUGCUAAAAGAACUGAAGGAGAGGGCUGAACGAUGCAAGGACCUGCAGCAAGAAAACGCCAGGUUAAAUCAGGAAAUUGAUCAUCUGACUUUGAAGUUGGCACAGACAGAGAAUGUCAGGAAGGUUUUCGAAGACCAGCUCGUGGCUGCACAGAGUCAGGUGAGAAGUCUGAGCAACGAACAUGACCGCAUGGUAAAACUAUGGGAAGAAGCCAAAAUACAGAGAGAAAAAAUCCUGCAAAUUAACCACCUCUUCAGACAGUCUCUCUUUAGUAAACAGCAUUGUCGUCAGACAGUGGAUAAAUGCAUUCAGACCAUCGUCUCCAUCCCCGUCUACAGGCGCUUUCACAUGAGAAAACCCGAGGGGACGGUCAAGCAGCAGGUGGUUUAUCAGGAAAAGGAGAAGGUGAAGCAAAGGUUUAUAAAUGAGGCACCGGUGACCCCCAAAGAGAGAAGAGGCAACACUUCAAACAAUGCAUUGACUAAAAUCUACAGAACUUCCCCAAACUGAGACCUAUUCCAUGUAAUGCAAAGGGGAAAAAAAUCUGUAUGAAUAAAGGC